AUUUAUGAAGCCAUCUAAUCUUGGAGUGCAACGUUAAAAGAACAGUCAUUCACCUGCCCUCGGAACAACAGUGAAAAGGAAUACAACGUGACUUUCGUUUAGGGGGGUGGUGUGAUGGUGGUGGUACAGCAGUGACCAGCACUGGACGAUGGCAGGAGACACCAACACCCUGACAUGGAGCAUGGGAGACAUAGGCCGCAGUUUAGACGGGCUCUCGGAUAGACCCCCUGACAGGCUUAUUCCAGGGGACAGGGGUGACAUCAAGAUCCUAAAGGUCUGCUUCAUCAGUAACAGCUUCAACCUGGGCAAGAACUUCAAGCUGGUCAAGUGUGAAAGCUCCUGGGCAAUCAGGGAUAUCAUUAACUCUAUCUUGACGAGUGGAAGGAUAGGCCCCAAUAUCACUUACACAAGCUGCUACGGGCUGCGUCUGAAGCAUCUGAAAUCGGACGAGAUCCACUGGCUGCACCCUGACCUGACUGUGGGGGAUGUGGAGCAGAAGUACGAGCGCCUGCAUGUGGAAGCAGAAUGGAGGUACGACUUGAGAAUCCGAUACAUCCCAGAUAACUACGCUGAGAAAUUCAAGACGGACAAAACCACCUUAAUCUACUUCUAUCUGCAGGUCCGCUCUGACUACAUGCAGUACUGCGCUAGCAAAGUGAGUGACGGGAUGGCUUUGCAGUUGGGCUGCCUGGAGAUCAGGAGAUUUUGCAAAGACAUGAGUCAAAAUGCUCUAGAGAAGAAAUCCAACUUUGAACUAUUGGAGAAGGAUGUGGGUCUUGAUCUCUUCUUUCCUAAACAGUUGCAGGAUGGUUAUAAGGCCAAGCAGUUUCGCAAGAUGAUCCAUCAGACCUUCCUGCAGUAUUCCACCCUCAACGAGGAGCAGUGCAUCAUGAAGUUCUUCGAUACUUUCAGCAACUUCUCAAACUUCGAUGAGGAGGUCUACCCCUGUGAACUGGCUCAAGGAUGGAGUAUUGCAGUGGACCUGGUCAUUGGUUCCAAAGGGAUUCGCCAGAGGUCCAGCAAAGAGGCCAAUCCCACCUGUUUAGCGGAGUUCCAACAGAUUAAAAGCAUCAAGUGUUCCACACUGGAGGAGGGGAAGACCAUGGUUCACCUGGACAUAGCUGGAGCCAGACAGCCCUUGUCCAUUAAGACCUCCUCCUUGGCAAUAGCAGAGAACAUGGUUGACUUGAUUGACGGGUACUGUCGGUUACAGAGUGGAGAGGAUAGCUCCCUGAUUGUCAGACAGAAUAAAGACAAAGAUCUUAGACAUUCUCUCCCUGCAAUUCCCAACGAUCACAGCGACAGAAAUUCCAGAGAUGUUCAAACACAAAGCUUUGGGUCUGAUAUUUAUGCAGAAAUACCAGAUGAAAGGCCGAAGUCUGUCAUAAAAUAUGGUCUCUCCCGAAGUGAUAUAGUCCUGGGGAGGAUUCUGGGAGAAGGAUUCUUCGGAGAGGUGCAUGAUGGGGUUUAUAAAACCAAAAAAGGGGAGAGUAUACCAGUGGCGGUGAAGACGUGUAAGGACUGUUCUCCUGACGUCAAAGAGAAGUUCAUGAGUGAAGCAGUCAUCAUGAAAACUCUGGAACACCCGCACAUAGUGAGGUUGAUUGGAAUCAUUGAGGAGGACCCAGUGUGGAUUGUCAUGGAACUUUACAAAUACGGAGAGCUUGGACACUACCUUGUUGAGAACAAGAGCACGUUGAGAACUGUGACCCUCGUCCUCUACUCCCUGCAGAUCUGCAAAGCGCUAGCCUACCUCGAGGGAGUUAACAUGGUGCACAGGGACAUUGCAGUAAGGAACAUUUUAGUUGCAGCUCCAGACUGUGUGAAGCUGGGGGAUUUCGGCUUGUCGCGGUACAUAGAGGAAGAAGAGUAUUAUAAAGCCUCUGUAACCCGUCUGCCUAUCAAGUGGAUGGCUCCGGAAUCUAUCAACUUCAGGCGCUUCACCUCGGCCAGUGAUGUCUGGAUGUUUGCGGUGUGUAUGUGGGAGGUCAUGAGCACAGGAAAGCAGCCUUUCUUCUGGCUGGAGAACAAGGAUGUGAUCGCCCAACUGGAGCAGGGGGUCCGACUCCCCAAACCGGAAGAGUGUCCCCCGACCCUGUACACCCUGAUGACCCGCUGCUGGACCUAUGACCCCCGAGAGAGGCCAAAGUUCACCGAGCUGGUCUGCAAACUCAGCGAUAUGCACCAGAUGGAGGUGGAGCAGGAUGCGGAAAGGAAUCGGAGUCGCGUGAGAGGCACCAAGUUCCUCGAGCCCAUUAUCACCAUCAGCGAGCCACCACCAAAGCCUUCAAGAAAGAAAUGCAUGCCUUUUGGGCAGUUUGUCAGUCCUGGCCUCCAGGUGCAGCUGCCUGAAGCUCUGUGUGCCAGCUCGCCCACUCUUGCUAGCCCAUCUGACUACCAGUCACCGGUUGACUCAAACCAUAUCCGUCCGGUGGCGCAACACGACAUCUUCAGACGCCGCAGCAUGAGGGAAGCUGAUUUCACCUUCGAGCCCACCAGUAAAGAGGACGCCCAAAGGAUGUGGGAGAUAGAGAAGGCCAAACUGCAGGCCACCCUGAAGAAGCAGAAGCAGGACAUGGUGGAGGACAACAAGUGGCUGGAGAAAAACGAGAAGCAGCUGGAUCCGAUGGUACAAGAGGGAUGCAAAACGUCAGAGACAGCAGACUCUGGAUAUGCUGAAUUUACCGGUCCCCCUGUGAAACCUCCACGAGUCACAGCUCAGCCCACUCCAACUGCAGAGCUGGACCGCACAGAUGACCAGGUGUACAGCAACGUCAUGGAGCUGGUGAAGGUGGUGGUGCAGCUGAAGAACAAGGUCAAAGAGCUGCCUCCCUCAGAGUACUUCAGCAUCGUCAAGAAUGUGGGUCUGACUCUCCGUAGCCUGAUCAGCAGCGUGGAGGAGGUGUUGCCCACUCUCCAUGCAUCCAUACGAACAGAGAUCGAAGGCACCCAGAAGCUGCUGAAUAAGGACAUGGCCGAGCUGAUUAGCAAGAUGAAGCUGGCACAGCAGAACGCCGUCACCUCGCUCAGUGAAGAGUGCAAGCGUCAGAUGCUGGCGGCCGCCCACACACUAGCCAUGGACUCGAAAAACCUGCUGGACGCAGUGGACCAGGCGCGGGUCCGAGCCAACGUAGCCAAGCUGGCUUCCUAGUGACUGACCCAGUUGGAGCUCAGGGCAGGGACUCAUAGACUCGUAGGGGGGGUGGGGGUUGGGGCGCAGCUCAAAGUAAGCCUUCUUAUGAAGCUGAUAUAGGCAGUGCUGUGGAAUAUUUUUUUAAUUAAAAAAAGUGAAAAAGAAAAGAAAAAGUUGUGAAACUUUUUUGUGGGGAAUUUGUAUUAUUAACAUUAUUAUUUUAGGCUAGGUGACUCAGAACCACACUGUACAUAUGUAAAGAGGUUGUAAGAGACCUUGCAGGUGCUCCAGCCCACCCCAACAAAUUAUAUAUAUAUAUAUAUAUAUAUAUAUAUAUAUAUAUAUAUAUAUAUAUAUAUAUAUAAUGUAGUCUGCCAAAGCUAAAAAAAAAGUGUCUACAGAGGAUAAGUUUGAGCUAAACAAUAGCUGACAUAUUUGUAUAAACCCCUUCUGUACCUCAGCUUAGGGAAAAUCAGAUAUGGUUGCUAGACAGUGGCAGACUCAGGUAUUUUGUUGUUUUGUGGUUUUCUUCUUAAAAUACCACUAAUGCACAUAAGAAUAAAUAGAAUUGCAGGUAAUUUGUUACUAGUGCCAUGAUUUUGAAUCCUCCCAUGUACCUUUUGUCUUUUAAUAAUAUGAUCAAUCUUCUGGACCUUGAGGAAUUGCUUUUCAAACAGAUUCUCUGGUUGUACUAUACUGUUGGUUUAUUUUAUAUUUAUUACAAUGUGAAAUACACAGUACUGUAAGUAUUAGGCUACAAGUUUCAAUUGAUAGCUUUCUUUUAUGAAAUGAAAAGUUAUACAGGGCAGUUUUAUUUUACUUUUACUGCAAGGUAAGACUUCACUGGUGUAUAAGCACAUUUCCCAAAUCCAGACUAUACACAAUUGUAGAAAUUUAUUUUGGGUGUGAGAAACUGGUGUCAGAUCCUAUUAGUUGUUUCUAACUUGUGGGUGCCAUACUUAAUUUCAGAGUGGAAGGCAUUGGUAGGUAACUAUCAUUUCUGGUCAAUUUAAUUUAAAGGGAGCAAUGAGAAUUCCAGUUGAGGUUGUGGGAAUUGUUGAUACUGACAAAUAACCAUUAGGAGACUACACUGAAGCCCCUCUGUUCUCUCACUGCGUUCAGGGGGUAAUAAAGUAAAACUGCAUUAUACAUCUUAAACAGUACUGUUUAGUAAACUAGGCCUAUAAUGUUUACACUGUACUUUGUGUUCUAAUACAUUUAGGAAUAUGUUGUAUGUUAUUACACUGUAUAGGGUUGUACUAAUUCAGAAAAAAUAAAAAAAAAUCCUCUUGA